GCCCCUCCCUUGCUGUUCACGCCCCUCGGAUCGGAUAGCAGCAGGCUGCAUUUCUCCCCUAGGAGGUCUGGAGGUCUGGUGUGCUCGGUAAACCCCGCUCUUCUCUGUUGUGCCGGACUGACAGAUGAGACCGCUGAUCCCCGCUGCUCACUGCUGGAGAGGAAGAGGAUGAGACCGUCCUGUAGCACAGACUCCUGAUCACACUGGCUGAAGCCUCCAGAAUCUGCUCUGGACCCUGGGACACCGUAAUCUGGAUCUUGCAGAAAGAAUCUCAACAUGAUGUCAAAAAGAUGCUUCAUUCUAUUUCUGCUUCUAGUGUUUCCUGUGGUUAGAGCUAAUAGGCUGCUAAAAAGAAAGCCUCAGAACCACCAAAAGCUUUGUGUGUGUGCUAGUGACAUCAUCAGCUGCUCUAAUGUUAGUCUAACCAACGCCACGUUCGACCUUCCUCAGCAUACAGCAGUUCUGGACCUCAGUUUCAACUCCAUCACUCAACUCCGUGCUACAUGGACGUCGACUAAUCUCAACCAGCUGCAGACGUUACUGCUGAACAACAACAACCUCACCUUCCUCUCCUCUGAGGCCUUCGUGCACACGACAAGUCUACGUUACCUGGACCUCUCCAGCAAUCGCCUGGCUCUCUUGGACGAGAUCAUCUUUGAGCCGCUGGAAAAACUCGAGAUACUUCUGCUGUUCAACAACUGCAUAUCUCAAAUCGACCGCUCUGCCUUCCACAGCAUGGUCGCUCUGCAGAAGCUCUACUUGAGCCACAAUCUGAUCUCACGCUUCCCUCUGGAGGUGCUGAAGGAACGGAGCAAGGAGGACUCUCCUUUCAAACUGCUGGAUGUUUCCUCUAAUAGGAUCAAAGUUCUUCCAGUGAAGGAGCUUCAGGCCAUGCGCGCCUGGCUCAAGAACGGUGUCUACUUCCACAACAACACGCUUACAUGCAGCUGUGAGCUGCAUGACCUGGUGGCCUACUGGCACCUCAGGGAGCUAAGCUCUGUGUCUGACUUUGCAGACAGCCACAAAUGUAACAUGCCAGGUAAACAGAAUGAAAAAAUCCUGAAGCUGAACUGCAGUGAAGUCAAGAUUCUGAAGAAAGAAGGCUACUUGGAGGAAACCAUGGUUCUCGACUGCGACACCAGACAAAAGUACAUGGCGAAGAGAUGGGUGCUGCCUGGAAACAUAUCAGCAAACAACACCACCGUCUUAAACGGUAAUUUCCUCAACAUCGGGCCGCUGAAGGUGGAAGACUCCGGGGUUUACACCUGCUACGCCACCAACGAUUCCCUCAGUGACACACUCCACAUUACUGUGGUGGUGUUUAACUCCACUAAGAGGGGCGGGUUGGAAGAUCUAAAAACAGCGUACACCACCCUGGGAGCAUGUGUGGUCAGUAUAGUUUUGAUCCUGGUCUACCUCUACGUCACGCCCCACUGCUGCAGUUUUUGCUCAGGUGGGAACACGGAGAAGGACGACACCGGGGAGAGCCUCCACUCCUCCACUAUGAGCCUCCCUCUGGCCCACGGAGAACGGGGAGCGGAGGCCGCAGGAUUCCCCUUCAGGCACGGGGACUUGCAGGGAAGCAAGAACGGAAGACUGAAUCCAAUAGGAGAGGACUACUAGCAGACAACGAGGAACAGAGACAGAGAGACCUGAGGCGGCAUCUGCCAGCUCCGAUGUUCCUGUGGUGGGAAAAACAAAAUCAGAGCACUGCAGAAACACCAAAGAAGUAUUUCUGGUCCAGUUUAUUGAGAAAAUAUCUUAGAACACUUGAAACAAGACAAAACUAAAGCAAAAGUAACUUUUCAGCAAGACAUAGGAGCCUGAUUUUAGUCAAUAGUUACUUAAUAUUGAUGUUAAUAUUGAUGAAAAAGUAAUAGUUAUAAGUGAAAUUACCUGCCAGCGAUAGAAAACAUUUUCUCCACAUUUAAAAUUGGAAAAUGUCUUGUAGAACUACGGCUAACAAUUAUUUUAGCGAUCGAUUAUAAUCGAUUAUCUUGAUUACAUUAGAUUAGAUUUUCUUUCAGUAUUUUUGAAGGUGUUGUAGUUUGAGAAUUGGUUUAUUUCGCAAAAAUUGCUAUGAAAACACGUUUUUUCCACGUCACACGAGUCACGUGAUCAGCAUUAUUAUGAUAAUGAUAGAUUAAUUAAUUGAUUAAUGCGACUAAAAAACCGAGCCCAGUCUGCUGAUUUUCAUUUAAUACUUUUCAUACAAUAUUACACUUUAAAAGACAUAAUAAAUCAAAUAAUUAGAUUAAUUUUAAGUAAAUAGCUAAAGCUAUCCCACCUGAGGAGUUGUAAGUAGAACUAAUAAAGUUUUAUUAUUAUUAUUAUAUUAUUGCUCUUAUCUUAAAUGCAAAAUGUAUAUAUUUUUGCAAAGUUUUAGCUUUAUUACUGCUCUGACUGAGUUAUUCAACAUAGGCCAACAAAAUGGCCUAUGUUGAGUCUGUAUCCUCCAGUUAAUGAUUAAUUAGUUGAUGAUUACUAAAUUAGUUGAUAAUUAUUGUGAUCAUCAACUACUCACAAUGAAUCCAAUUAAUUGUUUCAGUUCUACUGUCUUGUUACACUUGCUGAUUAUUUCACUUA